CGAAGGGUCAUUCGGAUGGGCCAUAUUCACACCCACCGCGCCGAUCCCAUGGCCGAUGUGAGCUAUGGCUUCUUCCCCACGGGCAAAGAGCUGUCGUCGAGUGUGAAGUGGAUCAAGGAGCAUCCGGUGGUCGCCACUGCCGCCGCUGUAGGGGCCACGGCGAUCAGCAUUGUCACGUACUUUCGAGCAACGACGGCAACUCCCGACGAAACGACCACGGGUGAUGUGAGGCAGCGAGUAGUGAGUUGGUGCGAUGUGCAUGUCAAGACGGACGCCUCGCGGUCCCAAGAGCCCACGAAACAUACCGUCAGUCCCACCGAUUGUGACGUGGGGCUUGGAUCGAACGGGCAUGAAGACGAUGACGCGCUUCUCGACGAGUUGCAAACAUUGGCCAUCACGACCCCAGACAAACGGGAAGCAGAAGACAGCGCGGGCUCAGAAACCCACACCAAGCACGACUUGCAAAGCGCGUCGCCCCAGUGGGGUUGUCUACCCCGCGCUAUCACCGACCCGCUCCACAUGACGUGCCCGUCGUCCACAACGUCAUCAGCGUCCCUGAUGGGACUCAAGCGAACUCAGUCGGCAAGGCUACGAUAACCAUCUUAAAUAUUCCAACAUUACAGUUCAAAUGAAGUGUAAUCGGUGGGAGGCGCCGCCAUGGGUGCGCGCUGCACCGCGGCCAACGCCGCGGCGAGGGCGUUGACCUGCUCAUGUAUGGAUGCCAUGGCCGCACGCAGUCGCUCGCACUCGUCG